AUGACUCUAGAAUUUGAAAAUCCUCCGUUCUUAUCUAAUAUCGGUUUAAAUUCGUCCUAUAACGAUGAGACCGAUUUUACUGCUUUGGAUCGACUGACUUCGAAAGUAAAGAAAUCUUCAGUUAUUUCUGUAACCCGAAAGGAAGGCCUCUUUGCCGAAGAAAAGAACCAAGAUAGUGGUGAAAUGUCCGGCAAAUAUUCAGAUGAUUACGAUAGCUACGAGGACGAUUUCGACAGCUCGAGCCCAACGAAAGAAGCUAGCCGAAGGUAUUCUAGAUCAUCGAGGCAUUCUCGUAGAUCGGAAAGAGAUCGUACUCCUUCAAGCUCACCGCCAAAGUAUCGAUCACGAUCAAAAAAGGCCUCUUCAAGGAGAGAUUCUUUUGCUUCGUACAGAAGUGCUUAUAGCACGACUAGAGGUAAACGAGCUUUAAUGAUUUAAACGGUGUUUUGUAGACGUAGAGAUGCGUUGUUUCGAAAAACUAUGUAUCAGACAUAUACUGUCGUGCUAUAAAUCCUCUCGGCUAAGCCGAUUGAUGUGUUAGAUGUUUCAUAAUUACUCAAACUGAAGGGGCUGUUCUCCCUCGACUCAGAAAUGAUAUUUGUUGCACAAAUAGACCGGUGUUUGUAGAUCAUGCAUGGUAAAUAGAGGAGUAGAUCGAAUUCCAGAAGCUAAAGAUUAAUCGUUGAGGGCUGAGCUGAGUGCAGCUCGCUUUCGGCUUACUGUGUUACAGGUGAGAUCUCAGCCGAUUUCUCGAAUGCUAAAGUCGCCACGAAAUAACCGAGAGAGUAUCCCAUGUUUAUUUUUUGUGGGGGAUAGUUUCUAAAAUACAUUUGGCCGCUCUAAUUUAUUUUCUAGUAUUAAUAAUUAAUCAGCACUGAAUUAAUUGAUUUGUCCUUUUGAACAGUAAUUUACUAACUCAGACAGAAAUCUGUUUUUGUUUUGGUUUACUCCUUCGUAACACCAGAGACUCGUUAACCAUUUUCCAAGUUAGGGUCCUGGAUUAUUUUUACUAUUUGCAAAAUGAGCCAAGACUAGACAUGUAUGAUUUUCCUGAAACAAUUUUCAAUCGAACAGGAUUUUUAUCACUGGUAUUUGCUAGCUUAACCGGAAAAUCAUAUUUAACUUACACAUCCUCUGGGCUCCAACAAUUGAUGAAUGUUGCUUUAUUUUGUGUGUGACUGUAUAUGUGCAUGUGUGUGUACAAAUGCACAAAAUAUACAUGUAUGUAUUACAAUACAUGCUUAUUGUAGGUAAACAUAAAAGUUAUUAGUAAUUUUGUCGUCAUUCAAAUCAUUAAUGAAAUGUUUGUUGUCUCUACUACGUAUUCUAGGGCCUACAAAACCUAGGAACAAGAAAAGCCAAUCAGCCACCUCAAAAAUGACAACCAAAACAGCAGGAGGUGAGAGUUCCAUGAUGCGCCGUGUUUUGUCUGCAAACAAACACAAAGUGUCGAGGUUGGCAAAUAUCAUGGAAGAACUACAGCAGGAGGUGGAGGAGUUAAAGUUAGAAAAUAGGUCUUUAAAAAGGGUGAGCCAUCGUCAAGAAAGAGAAAUAAGAAAAAUUGAUGAGGAGGAAGCAGCCUUACCAGUGUUGCUUCAAAGGCACAGUGCUGAAAUGCGAACAUUAAAAGAAAGACUGAAGAAAAAUCAGGAAGUCUUGCAUAGGAAGGAAAAAGAGUCCCAAGAUAGAGAUCAUGAGAUUCAGAAACUGAGAGACAAAGUUAAAAGCUACCGUGAACUUUCACAGGAGAAAAAACUAGGGGAACGGGCUGCGCUAGCGAAAAAGUUAGAGAACGUUGAAAGUGAAGUGACUUUGAAAGAUAAGAAGAUAAUGGUAAGUAAUGUUGAUGUCAAAUUAAUUAAAGACGUUGUCUCUUCCUCUCGUUUGUAUGAGGACGUCAUGCAAAUUUUGUGGAACUUCUCCUUUAGUCAUCUCAGUCCAUAUUAUUAUAUAUAAACAACUGCAUGCUCAUUGGUCUUGAGAUACAUGUAUGGUUCAUGAGGGUAAAGAGCAUGGAAAUGAUUGGAUGCAAUUUGUUUUUCUCUGUCUCUCAUGCAUGAUUUUUUUUUUUCUGCAAAAAAACUAAAAACAAAUAGACAGCAAUAAUUAUUUUCCAUUGUUUAAUACACUUUAUUGACCAUAGAAAUGAUGCCAAAAUGUUCACUCAUCUGUGGCUCAUAGUUUCACUUGGCUUUUAAACACAUUUAUGACAUCCUUUCUUUUGUCUAUAAGUAGAUUAUUGUUGUCGUCUGUUUUUAAACAGACACAUGCUUUAAUGGACAGCUGGUAGUGUAAUCCCAGUUUUCAUUGUCAUGGUGACUUUCCUGCACUCAUUAUUGUCUUAAUCAAUAGCUAACAUUGGGUAGGCUUCGACAGGGAGGGGUGGAGGAAGAGGGUUGUAGACAGGCAUUUUCAAGAUAUGUGAUUGGUUGUUUUUAUUUUUCGAAAUGUGAAUUCUAUAACUAUUCUUCGUGUUCCGUGACCAAAAGGCUAAGUGUGCCUAGAGAAAAACUCCAAUAAAUAAUCGAUGUUCAAGAAUUCAUUACUUAUUUUCUUGUGAUUUUCAGUUUUUAGACCUGGAAUAUGAAUAAAGACUAUGAAAACAUCAUCAACUGAGAAUGAUGAUGAUCUUUAUAAAGUUGCUAUUUGCAGUCUUCUUUUUCCUUUUCACCAUUUUGCUGUUUUGCCAGGCUCUCUUUUGCCACUUUUAUCUUUGUGUAAGAACAAGGUAAAAUUGGUAAUUUACAUGCUGAUUAACGUGACUAAAAAACUGAAAUGAAAUUUUUGAUAUUCGUGAUUUGUGAUUACGUGUAGUUUAUUUUUUUGGUCUGUGAACAAUGCCAGAAACUCCUCCUGUACCACCCUCAGAAAACAUGACUAGGUUAAAAAUCACAUACUGCAUGAGGUUAAAUCCAGUUGACUAUACUAGCAUGGUUGCGUAGUUUAACUUGGGACUACCGAGAAAUGAGUCCAACUACUGGUUGGAGUAGGGCUUGAACCGAGUGCUUCUGUAGUGCCUAUCAUGUGCUCUGACCACUUAGCCCUCCCGAGUGUGGUCACCAGUUCACUUGUGUGAUGACAUUUAACUCAGGUUUUCAGUACAACUUUACUCAGUUUGGACAUGAAAAAUUGCCCUUGAUGAAAAUGAUCUUAACAUGCAUGUAUGUUAACAGGAGUCUUUAGUCUACGGUGAAACAUGUCUUCUUUCAGUUCAAUUCACAAAUCUUAUCAGUUCUCUUCUACAUCUCAACUGCUAGAAAAAAAAACCAAUCCUAAGUAAAAUCUCGCACCCUGGCUUUUAUCUUACCCCUAAGGGAAUAGAAAAGAUUCAAUACUAUGGGCAGUCAAUUUAAUCUGUUAUUAGCACUUAGGAUAGACCUGUUUACACUGGAGGAGGUUUAUCCUGGUUCUUAAAUGAUUCUGGAAUUAUUAAAUUUGAUAAAAUUCUGAUUCGAAGGUGUUUCCACCUCUAAGUUAAUCAAUUGAAAACUUUCAUGUGGAUACAAAGUAUUUCCUAUAGAUUCUUUAUUCAAAAUCUUUAUACGCAUGACCGAAAUGCGUUUUUUAUUAUUAUUAUUAUUUUGGAUUCACUCAUUUGUUUGUGAGAGCCAAAUAGAAUCCAGCACCAAAGUGUUGCAGUUUCAUCAGGAAGCAGGAAAAAUCUCCUUCACUGUAAACCUACACCUAAGGGUUGUAGAAAUGUUUGUGCUCCUUCCAUAUUCUUCAGUUGUUUUUAAAAACACACUCUUGUUGAAUAAACACUAUUACAGUCCUAUGUUUCCUAUACAAGUCUUAUUAUCUAACAAGAAUUUCAAAUAUUAAAUUACGACCACAGACUCGGAUUUUGCAAUAACAGUCUAAUUAAUUAAAUGUGUAACUUUUUAGUUUUUCCUCAAAAAAAAUAAAUUGAAUACUGUUCUAACUGUUGGGUCAUCUCUGAUAAAAAUAUCGUGAAAAUGUUACCAGUUAUACCAGUGUGCCAGAUAAAGAGGAAUACAUGUCCUUUCCUUUGCUGUUGUUUAAUUUUUAUCUCCUCUAUUAAUUUUUCAUAUGCUAACUUGACUAAAACAAUUAUUAAAAAAACAACACAACAGAAAUGAGCUCAUUUAUCAUGACAUGGUAAUAGAACUGUUUCACCCAGCUGCUUUGUUCUCACAUUAAUCUCCAGGAACUAGAGAAAGCCAUCUCCCUGAAAGACAAGGCUAGACAGCGAGAAAUGAAAGAGCAGAAGGAUCGCUACAAACAUGCUAAGGAAGAGCUUCAAAGAGUGCAGGAGGAUUUCAGAUCACUACGUGAGAGAUUACAGGUAACAUUACAACAACUGCGGUUUUCCACUGUAAUUUUUUACAUGAACGUGUAUGCUGUAACCUCCUGAAUGGUGAAAAUGAUAUAGAGGGAAGAAAAACAGUUGACAGUGUUGGAAUAACCACCCUAAGAAAAACUUAACAUCAACUUAUACUUUGUAUAGACGUCUGCAGUGUAGGCAGUUCAUGUCUACAGCUCGUUAAAAAGCAUGUAGAAUUUUCAUAAAUGUUGAUGAAUAAACAUUUAAAGCGGAAGCUUGUUUUUGUUGAAAAUUGAAUUCUGGAAUACACCUUUUUAAUAUGACUUUUUUAAUUUUAGACUCUUACCAACUGUUUACAUAAAUUUUGCGUCUGGUUUUUCCUUGAUUUAAAUUGGCUUCUGUCAGAAAAGCGGCGGAAAAAACUAAGCGAUAUUUCCAUUACAAUUUUAAAAAUGUUUAGAUCAAGAAUUCACCUUUGUUUUUGUUUUUGCCCUAACAAAAUAAUCUUUUCUCAUUAAUUUAGUUUUUCACCUGUUUUUUAUGCUAAAAGCACCGGCGCAAUAAAGAAUUCGUUUAAAUGAAUCUGGAUCGGAAAAAACAAUAUUAAAUUUUAAAAAAAAUGUUUCACGCGGUCUUCUGCCUUCCCUCUGUAAUUUUAGUUUUUUUUUUCAGUGUGUAGCAACAACGUUUCAGUAACACAUAAUUUUUUCUUGUUUUAGUCACGGACAGCCCAUCGAUCAGUAGCGAAUCAGCACAAUGUAGUCGCAUUACAUUGAAUCUAUCGAAACUUUCCUAGAAUUAAGUCGCAUCUCUAUAAUUCAUUAAGAUGUAAUAUUAAUGCAAAUUUUCCCCCUGCUGCUUGCAAUAACUUUUAUACUGUCACAACGAGGAGCAUUUGUUUCCAAAAAAAAAGAGGGGAAAAAACAUCAAGUUUAUUAUUAAAUUCAGGUUACAUGUAUGAGGUGACUUUCUUGAACCCAGUGGCCCUUCGGUAGCAGGAAAAUCGCCCCAUGCAAGGGAAUUCUGAUUCAAGAAUCCGGGAAUUUUUUUUCUUGUGGAACUGGUGGAAUCCUGAGCUUUAGAAUCCGGAAUACAUCUCAAGGAAUCCAGAAUCCCACUAACGAUUGCAAUCCAGAAUCCAAGUUUCACUGACGAAAAAUCCGGAAUCCAGUUCCUGGAACCUGGAAUCCGUGGCGUGGAAUCCAGACGUUUUGCCUUGGUUUCCUGACAUUACUGUCUUGGAUUCCUGACAUGAGGCGAAGAAAAUCUACUUGUCCAUGACGACUGGCCGGGACUUAAAAAAAGACCUGGCCCUCUUUUUAUUUCUUAAAUUGGUAUGACCGCUUUGUCAAUAUUAGAGCUUGAAAGUUUAAUUAUCCCAUAUUUCUUAUCUUACAGGAAAAGGAAAAAGAGUUGGAUGAGAAGAACAUUUACCAUUACCAAAUUACUAAACAGAAGAAGAAAGGGGCUACAUUGCCAGCCCUCCCUGCUGGGCCCCGGGCUCCUGCUAUUAGCGCUCCUGUUAUUCACGCUGCAAAAUCCGGGGAUACCCAAGAGAAACGGGCAAACGUGUUUUUAACAAAUGCACCGAGUGAUACUGGCUCAGUGUUAACGGAUGAAGCGGAAAGGUCCUUUAAAGUUGAAGUUCGGCAGGAUAAGCCGGCUGUUUCUGAGGCGGUUAAACCCAUUGUGUUAGAAGCUAAUAAAGGUGAUAAGGAUGAUGAGGAUAGAUUUAGAGCGGACGCAGAGGAACGGAGUAGACUUGACGAAGAAGAACGACGAAGGCGCUUGGAGGAAGAAGAACUGAGGCGGAGAGACGAAAAAGAGAGAACGCGGAGAGAGGAGGAAGAGAAGCGAAAAGCAGAGGAAGAAAGGCGGAGAAGGGAGGAAGAAGAAAAGCUAAACAAACAACGGCAAGAAGAAGAAGAACGCUUGCGAAAACAUAAAGAAGAAGAAGAGAGAAAGCGGUUCGAAGAAGACGCGGAAGUUCGGCGAAAGAAAGACUUGUUGUUGGCUCGGAUGCGAGCGAUAGAUACAGGUAACGAUAAACCAGACAGUGGUGUAACAGUAGGACAUACUGCGGCGGAUCCUCCUGUUGAUAAUAAACCCAAAAAGCUACCAAUCUUUCUUCAGAGUGACCAACCAGAGCCGCAGAAAGCAAAGCCUGCGCCGAAAAGUGUGGCCUCUGACGACGAUGUUUUUUCUGAUAUCGGUGGGGAUAGAAAGAAACGCAGCAGUGCCCGUUCCAAACAUAGUGGCUACUCCUAUGAUUUCAAACAAACUGUAGAGAAUCUUCAUCAUGGACUUCCCGCCCAUGUGUCACUUGAGAACAUUAAAGAUCAAAGCGCCAAAGUAGACGGCAAGGACUCGUUGUCGGACGAUCUUAGCUUUGGUUCCUAUAAACCAACACUCGGUAGAAGGGCUGCCGCGAAAAGAGACAGUAGAGAAAAAGAUGAACUCUCAUUCGGAGGUUAUAAUCCUUCUUUUGGCGCGAAGAAAGACACGACGCGGAAAAACAGUGGUCUUGAUUUCGGGACGGGGAAGAAAGCUAUACCCCAGAAAGAACAAAAUGCUGUAAUAUUUGGCGAUUAUAAACCAACGUUAGGCGGUGCACCCACUAAAACUGCUUCAACUCAGCAAAACGGGGAUAUAUUUGGUGACAGAGACAGUCAAGUGCGGAAUCGAAGAACAAGAGGCUUCGCAAGCAAAGGUGCAUCGGUGUUUGGCGAUGAUCUGUUUGAAAAUGAUAAUCCUAAACCAACAGGAGAACCUCUGUUUGGGGACAAGUCAUUAAACAAAGACAAAUCCUCCUAUCCGUGGGAGAAUAAAGUGGACGUUACACGGAAAAACAGUGAAGGGGAUUCUUUACUACCUCGGCGUAGAGUACACUUGCAACAAAACGUUCGCGCUGUGAACAAUGCGCUAGGCGACAUUGAUGACGAGAUUGAAGAAGUUAUUCUUUAACAUAAUACAGUCAGAGAAAGUUUUAUACAAAUUUCUUUAUAUCAGAGGUAAAUUUUAUGAAAUAGGUCGUGCUAUUAUCCAUCUCGUUUGUCACGUGUGGUCUCUCAGUCUGUGAAAGUAGUGUUAAAUCAUGAUGUUUUAUAUUAAACAAAAUGUUUUUUUGACCUUAUAUUCAAUAGAAGUACUCAAAGUAUCGAUGAUGCCGC